GCAAUCUAGGGAGGAAAUAUUGGGAGAAAUGUCUCUGGUUGUUUAUUUUGUGGUUAUAUUCUUAUGUCUCGGAUUUAUGGAUCAAGAGGCAAAUGGAGCUUUCAUGCAGAAGUUGGCAAAGAAGAAACUUUGUGCUGACGACGAAUGUGUUUACGCUAUAUCCCUUGGGAAGGCUUUGGAUGAUUACAAUGCUCCAGACUGCAGAUUUAUAAACAUCAAGAAAGGCGAACUGGUCUAUGUCUACACUAAGCUAGUAAAGGAAGAUGAUGAUGCAGGAGAAUUCUGGUCUGGAAGUGUUUAUAGUGACCAGUACAGGGAUCAGAUAGGACUUGUUGGCUAUUUUCCAAGCAGUCUCAUUAACGAGUUGAAUGUCUACCAGGAUUCUCUUCAAGAAUUUCCUACAACGGCUAUCGAUUUCUACUGCGAUUAAAAAAGAAAAGAAUGAGUGAAAAGCUAUGAAAAUACUACAGUAGUUCAUCCGAAUGAUAUUGCAUGCAAUAGAAAAUACCUUUGUAGUUUUUCUUGGUUUCUCCUUGUUUUAACUUUUGUAGUAUGUAAACCAAUAAAAAGGGCAUAUCUUUAUGCAUUCAGCAGACAAAACUUCAGUUUAAGUUGAAAUCAUGCUAGAAGCAUGGUAUAUUGAAUGUCGAAA